UCCUCGGCUGCUCUCGGCUAUUUUCGUUGUCGCUGGCUUUUUCAGGAGCUGCUCGCUUGCAGCCUGAGAAGCUGCUUUUUUUCCGGGUUCGGAGCCGUUCCGGAUGCUUUAGGUUGCCGGAUGUCUGAUCUCCGGAUAACUGAGGCGUUUCUGUACAUGGAUUAUCUGAGAAUGUCUGAAUGUAUCCAGAUCCCAUUUGCUGUUUGUAGAAUUGGCAUUUACACGUGUUUUAGAGCACUUUGCUGCAAGGGACCACCACCUGCACGACCAGAGUAUGAUCUGGUAUGUAUAGGCCUCACAGGUUCUGGCAAGACAAGUCUGCUGUCAAAGCUGUGCAGUGAAAGCCCUGAGAAUGUCGUGUCAACCACAGGUUUUAGUAUAAAGGCAGUGCCAUUCCAGAAUGCCAUCUUGAAUGUAAAAGAACUUGGAGGAGCUGAUAAUAUCCGGAAAUACUGGAGUCGCUACUACCAAGGAUCUCAAGGGGUAAUAUUUGUAUUAGACAGUGCUUCUUCAGAGGAUGAUUUAGAAACUGCUAGAAAUGAACUGCACUCAGCUCUUCAGCACCCACAGUUAUGCACUUUACCCUUUUUAAUAUUGGCCAAUCAUCAAGACAAGCCAGCAGCACGCUCAGUGCAAGAGAUCAAAAAAUAUUUUGAACUUGAACCACUUGCACGAGGAAAACGCUGGAUUCUUCAGCCCUGCUCACUGGAGGACACGGAUGUGCUGAAAGAAAGUUUCUCCCAGCUGAUAAAUUUGUUAGAAGAAAAAGACCACGAAGCUAUGAGAAUGUGAAAUCUGGAAGAAAACAGCAGGUUCCCAAAGGCCUUGAACCUGUCAUGUCAGCUUCUUGUUUUAAUUUUAUGUUGUUAUCAAGACUAUCAUGACUCCACUAUCUAUUUUCUCCUAGUUAUUUCAGACUCUCUUCUCUCUGUUAAAGUGAGUAUUCUGUAAGUCAGGUGAAUUAUCAUCAGCAUUAAUGUUACGUACACACUACUGAGAAAGAAUUUAUUCUCUGUUUACCACUAGUUAUCUUCACCGAAUGUCUCUUCCUCCUGUUGUUCUAAGCAUUUCUUUUAUACUUUGUGCGAAAAUGGAUGGAAUUCAUGGCUCACAGAAAUCAAAUCCCUUGUGAAGAAGUCAGAAAGACUCAGUACCUUGACUAAUUUUCCCUGGUUUGGGAGUGGAGUAUUGUGUCACUGGAACUCCACAUACUAUAUACAUCAUUUUUCAGGAUCUCUUGGGAUCUGGUUUUGUUUUUGUUUUUUUGGUUUUUGUUUUCAUUUUACUCUAUCUUAUUUGCUUCUUUAUAUAUGGACCUUAUAGAGUAUGAGUGAAAAAUGAGUACCAAAAAUUUUAAUUUAUCAUCUUAUCAUAAAGGAAUAUCCUGCUGUAGUAAAAUUAGCUUUGAAGAACUUAAAGGCCAGGCGCGCAGUGUCUCCUUGAUUAUAUCUGGGUCUCACUUUCUUCCCUCUUUUAAGAGCAAAGACACUGAUUUAAAUUUUGAAGAAUUGGAGGAAAUUUAGGCAUAAUGCAUGCAUCACUGAGUACAUUUGAUUGUGCCCUCAAAUAUUUUUAAUGGAAUAAUUAGCCUGCAUUAAGUCAAACUGCAACAUGAUAUACAUACCUUUUUUCUAAAAUUCAAAAGCGUUUCAAAUAGAGAAAAUAAUUUUUAAAAUAACAGAUUAAAAUUUUAAAACAGCCAAGCAAAAUAUAGUUUAUACUCAUUUGGGUUUAAGCUGGAAUGGAUUUGACAAAGAUAUCGAAGACAGAAUCAUCUGUAUAUUUAUUCAUUAAGUGCUAAUGUAGUUUGAUGGAGUCUAUUAAAGCCUCCAUCUAGUAGUUAAAGGUCUAUCAGUAUUUCUAUUAUAAACCUCUAUUUUCAGGGGUUUCAUUGUGCCCUUAAAAAUAUGCUGGGCCUGCAGCAGAUAAUUUGAGGGCCUGGAUUCAGUCUUUGGAACUAAUUUUUUCCAUGUUAUUUAAAUGAUAAAAUUGCAUAGAGAUAAAUGUAGUUUUAGUAAGGUUUAAUGCCUUUGACCUUUUCUAAAUCAGGAAUAAUCUAUGAUAUUGAGGUUCAUAGAUAAAAUACUCUUUGGCACAUUUUAUAGACUUCUGACCACUUAUUAAAAUACUAAGUGGCCAAAUAAUAGAAAAGUGCUCCCUACACCUGAGCAGUAAUUUCUAAGUAGUGUAGACCGAUACCCAAAUAGCACAGAUCCCCACUGUAUUAAAGGGUGACAUACUUCAGACCCUUCACGUCAUUCAGAGGCAGUUUUGUGGUUUUAUCUUACAAACAGGUUUUAAUGAUGUCACCUUUGAAAGAUCCAACACUUCUUUAUGCUUCCCCUCCACUGUCAUGGAUCACAAAAGAUCCAUAGCAUAUACAGUUUUGCCUGCAUGAUCCUUGAAUAUUUCCAGCACUGUGUAAUAAUCUGUGAGCAGUACAGAACUUGUAUUCCAUGAUCAGUUACACGAUUCUUGUUUUCAUUUCAUCCUAUUGUGCUCAUCUUCUGAGAAACAAUAAGUGAUUAUUAGGCCUUGCUUCCCCUGCAAGUUCAUUAAAUGUAGAAUGUUGUCUUUUUAAGAUACUGUGGCUGAGUGUGCCCAAGCCAUCUGUUAAAUGACUUCCCGUUGUCUGUGUGUGUUCAUGUGCGCGCCAGCGAUGGGCUUCUCCUCAGACCCAAGACUGUCUGCAGUGUCUCAGCCGUCAGAAUGAAAACAUUAUCAAUCAGUACCCAACAACAGCUGUUUUUGACAAGUUUCUGUCUGACGCCUAAUGCUUUACAACUGUCAAUAAGGCUCCUUCUUUGUCUAGCAGGUCGGAGCUCACUGUCUUGCUGCUUUCAGAGCGGCAUCCUGUCCUUGUAACCCUAGAAUUUGCUGUGUUUUGGAAAUCCAUGUGGGGGGAGGGGGAGGGCCUGCUUGGGUGGGGGGGCUGGGAGUGGGGGUGUAUGUCCUAUUCCUACUUUCCAGUAAGGUGCCACAGGUGUCUUAGUUUGAAUACUCAAAUAUUAUAUAGGGAAAACAGUCUGUUGUGUAUUCUUUCACUUAGCUUCUUGUUAUAUUUAUGGAAGUUACCAGUUUUUGUACCUUCUUAGCUACAGCAGUUGCCUUUUUAAAAUGGCAAUUAAUUUAUAUAAAACUUUGUAUCUACUGUAGUUUACAGUAUUGGUUGCUAUUAACUGCCAUAUUGCCCUGUCUUUCUAUUAAAAAUACUGUAUCUAUACUUAGGGAUUAACAGAUUCAUGUGGACAUUUGCCAGGCAAGAAGAACUUGCUGUUGUCCUUGAUUUAUAUAUGAUUACCACUGUCUUCAAAUGAAAAUAAACGCUGAGUAAAACUGA